AUGUCCUCCCCACCUCGCUUCGCGCCCGGUUCGACCUCGCCCACUCAGUCAAGACCGCGUGCGACGCCCAGCAGACCGACACAAGGCCCUUUUGCGACCCCUGCACGUCCGGGCGCAAGCUCAGCGGCGCACCAGCCCGACCCUUCAACCUCGACAGCAGGCGCCGCCUCCCUCCUCACCUCUUCUCCGCACUACACGACUUCUCUGCGCUCUCGACACUCGCUCUACGGCACAGAAGACCGUGUCGUGCUCGAUCUCGGGUCGCGGAUAUGGAAGGUCGGGUUCAGCGGGGAGCCGCAGCCGCGUGAGUGCAGGAGCGUCGUGAGCGAGUUGGCGAAGGAGCGGGCUGGGCGAAGAGCGGGGUCGUCUACAGGUGCACGAGGGGAGUAUGACGAAGAGGACUGCUUCUGGACGCUCGAGAAGUCCGAGCCGAGCGAGGAUGAGUGGUUGAUUCGCGAGGAGAGGGUGAAGCGACUACUGCGUGAGAUCUGGUUUGAAAACCUCAUAAUUGAUCCAAAGACCCGCAAAGUCAUCGUCGUGGAGAGCCCGCUGCUGUCGACGCGCGUGAAGGAGAUGAUUGCGCGGGUGCUCUUCGACAAUCUGCAGAUACCUUCGCUCAGCUUCGCCUCCGCUCCCUUGCUCGCCUUGAUAGCUGCCGGCACCAUGACCGGUCUAGUGGUCGACGUCGGAAACCUCGAGACGACUGUUCUUCCGGUUUUCCACGCCCGUCCGCUCUUCCCCUCGCUCACCACGACUCCUCGCGCGGGCUCUCGCCUGAACCGCCGCCUCUGCUCUCUCCUCCUCGCAUUCGGUUCCUACGCCCCUCCUCCCUCCUCGCUCAACUCGAUGACGCCUCCGACUAUCGGACGGAUACCGAAAGAGCUCCUGACGGAGGAACUCGUCGAGGAGAUCAAGACGCGGCUAUGUUUCGUCGGCGAGGAGGUUCCGCUUGGGGCGAGUCGGGGCGAGCGCGAAGCGUCGACACUGAGCGGAUCGGUGAUGAGCGUCGACACGGCAUCCUCCGCGCGAGACGACUUUGACGACCCAUCCGACCCGGACUCACCGCUACUGAAGGACCUCUACUCGCGCUUCGCCUCCUCGUCGACCGCCAAACCCGUCUCCUUCCGGGUACCUGACUUGUCUCAGCCGUCAACCGCGAACGGGACAGGCCGAGGGUGGAUCCAGGUGCCGGGCUGGAUCAGGGAGCGCGCCACCGAGGUCUUGUGGGAGGCGGAUGGUGACGAAGACGAGCGCGGGCUUGCCGCCGUCGUGCUCGAUUGCUUACUGAAGCUUCCCCUCGAUCUUCGAAAACCGAUGGCCUCCUCCAUCCUCCUCACGGGUGGCACAGCCAUGCUCCCCGGCUUCUUCUCACGUUUCAAAGCCGCUCUGCUCGCCCAGCUCGACUGCUCCCAUCCUCCCUCACCUCCGCCUUCUCCGCCCCUGCCAGCAGCAUCCGUCGAACCUCCGUCUUCCGACACUGCCGAAGCCAUGUCGACAGACACGGCGGCUUCACCUGCACCCUCCCGCUCGAGCGAAGCGAAUGCAAAGCGGCGGCGAAAGCAUGCCCUCGCCACUCGCUUGCACAACCUGCGGCAUUCGCCUCGAUACGCCCCGCUUGUCCCACUCGCUCGACACCUCGCCAUCUUGAACCACCUAUCUCCGAACUCCUCGGCAUCGUCGACGGCGCCCUCGUCGACCCUCGCACGGCAGCGCGAAGGAUCGGCUCCGUCUUUCUCGCCCGCCUUGCAAAGCUGGAUCGGAGGUAGUCUCGCAGGAGCGCUCAAGACGGGCGGGCCUGAGAUUGCGAGGGAGCAGUGGGAUGCGGGACUGCGACUUGCAGAGGCAGAAGAGGCGGAGGAAGAGGAAGGUGAGGAGUUCGAGGAGCGCGAAGUGAUCCGGCCGGCUCUGCCUGACUGGACGAGGAUCGCGUAG